AUGGUGCAGGACAGGCUCUACGAAUCAACGCUGCCAUGGAGGGGGAGUGUUCCACCACCACCAAACGGCUUUCUGAGACAUAGGGGUGAGUGUCGGUGGGGGGUGGCUGUGUGUGGCUGAUGGGGGCGGCAUGACUCAUAACCACAGACAUUCAUCAGGGCAGGGGAAAAACCUUUAAUUCUGCCACCCUCACUCAUAAGUUUAGCCAUUAGCCAUUUGAUCACUUAUAUUUACUUACAGUAUAUUUGAUCACGCCAUAUUGUAGCUGGACAAGACUGUAGUUCCUUCUAAUUUGAGAUAGCCAUACAGUCCCCAUUGUGUCUUGUUAAGGCAAAAGUGAUUGAUGGUAUCAGUAACAUCAUCCCACUGGCUUUUUGCACGGUUAUCAUGGACUUAUUUGCUUUUGUUUGAUCCAGUUCCCAGAAUAAGAGUCUUUGUUUCUCCUUAUCUGUUCCGAGUAGUCAGCACAGCACUGUAAAUUCAGCCUAUUUUAUGCACUUUAUCUUCUUCCAAUAUUGAGAAUAAGAUCCUGGUGAACCAAAUAUUCCAGGAUGAUAUUUUUGUGUAUAGUUUUUUGUCAUAAUUUUUUCAUACUUUUGUAAAAUGUUGGUCAUGGUCUACGGCAUCCAUUUUAGAAAGUCAGAUUUCAGUCAAAACUCUGCCUGUGGUUAUUUAGCAGAUGAGCUUAUCUAUAAUUAUCCGUUAUCCCCACAGUGCCAAAGUGAUGACAUAGCCGACUGCUCAGUAUGUUUCCUACCAGUCAGACCUAUACAGCACAUGUUUCACUGAAGAAAAUAUAUAAAUGGAAACAUUUGAAUAAAUGGAAACAUUUUAAUGCUAUAAAAGUAACAUAUUGUGAGAGCUGUUGGGCUGGUAGACAUGUUUCACUGUCAGUCUGGCACUGACCAGUCUGUAAGUGUGUUCUUGUCAAUGGGUUACCUAUGAAGCUCAGGGGUGCCACCUGGUGUUUACAAUGGUAACAGGUAGAGGAUCUACAUGUCACCUCUACUCCAUGAACUUACAGUACUUAGCCCUUACGUUUUUUUUUGUCAAUUAUCAUGAUUACCUAGAAAUGCUAAUGUAGCUUACAGUACAGUUCAACCACUCUCCUUUCCCCUGCUUCUCUUCAUCAGGUUUUGCUGUAAAUGAGAAUGUGUUCUUCUCAGUCAACUUACUUACCUGGUAGAAUAGACGUUCAAUAAAUAAAUAAGUAGAUAAAAAUAUAAAUCAUAAUGAAUAGUAUUUGGUUGCAACAGUGGAUAAAUUGUGUUAAAACAUAUGGGAACUUUUCUUGAUAUAGCCUACACUCUGCUGCCUUUGGAGUAGUUAAAUUAGGUAAACCCAUGAAGAUUUGUUGUAAAUUCAGACCCCUUGAUUUAUUCCACAUUCUGUUACGGUACAGCCUUAUUCUAAAAUGGAUUAAAUAAUAUUUUUUCUUCAUCAAUCUACACACAAUACACCAUAAUGAAAAAGUGAAAACAGGUUUUUAGAAAUGUUUGCAAAUGUAUUAAAAAUAAAAAACAUAAAUACCUCAUUUACAUAAGUAUUCAGACCCUUUGCUCUGAGACUCGCAUUGAGCUCAGGUGCAUCCUGGACAACCAUCUCUGCAGCACUCCACCAAUCAGGCCUUUAUGGUAGAGUGGCCAGACGGAAGCCACUCCUCAGUAAAAGGCACUUGACAGCCCGCUUGGAGUUUGCCAAAAGGCACCUAAAGGACUCAGACAGUGAAAAACAAGAUUCUCUGGUCUGAUGAAACCAAGAUUGAACUCAUCUCUCUAAUAUGCUCCUUCCCAUCAAAGUUCCUUUUAGUUACUCACUUUGACUUUUUUUGAUUUGAUUUUGAAUCAAUUUGAUUUUGAAUUUUAAGGCUAGACAGAUUAUUAAAAUUAUACUUAAAAUCAAAACGACACAAGAAAUAAAAUAAAAAGCCUCUGUAUUAGUCUGACUAUUAGACCUAAGAACCUGUGUGUGGAAUAAUGUGAAUGUACGUCCUUUGAAGACUGAGAAAAAUUUAUUGGCGCACAGGGAACAUGUCAUUUUGAGAAAAUGGCCGAUAAAGAUAGGCUAAUGCAAUUAAAAUGUACUUUCUAUAAAUAUGACAAUUUAUGUCACAUUAAUUAAUCUCUUAUUCAUAAAUCAUUUCUAAACUGACAAAUAAACAUAAAAUAUACCUUUUACAAAUACAUCAGCACAUUUAAUACAUUUGUUUCUAGCAAUAGAGCAUAUGCUUUGAAUACUGGUCUGUUGGGUAAAUAUGCAGUUUUGGGCAAAUUCUCAUAUCACUUUGCUCAAUUUGUCACAUACCAGGCUUUUUGUAUGGCUGUUGAAAUGUGCAGAACAUUAAUCAGCUAUGCCUGCCCCAUGAGUAAGACCCUCUUUGAGUUGUUGCUGGUGCCGCUUUACUUUAUUGACUGUGUCAUGGGAUCUGCGCCUACAGUCAUGGUCAAAAGUUUUGAGAAUGACACAAAUAUUGGUCUUCACAAAGUUUGCUGCUUCAGUGUUUUUAGAUAUGUUUUGUCAGAUGUUACUAUGGUAUACUGAAUUAUAAUUACAAGCAUUCCAUAAGGGUCAAAGGCUUUUAUUGACAAUUACAUGAAGUUUAUGCAAAGAGUCAAUAUUUGCAGUGUUGACCCUUCUUUUUCAAGACCUCUGCAAUCCGCCCUGGCAUGCUGUCAAUUAACUUCUGGGCCACAUCCUGACUGAUGGCAGCCCAUUCUUGCAUAAUCAAUGCUUGGAGUUUGUCAGAAUUUGUGGGUUUUUGUUUGUCCACCCGCCUCUUGAGGAUUGACCACAAAUUCUCAAUGGGAUUAAGGUCUGGGGAGUUUCCUGGCCAUGGACCCAAAAUGUCGAUGUUUUGUUCCCGGAGCCACUUAGUUAUCACUUUUGCCUUAUGGAAAGGUGCUCCAUCAUGCUGGAAAAGGCAUUGUUCGUCACCAAACUGUUCUUGGAUGGUUGGGAGAAGUUGCUCUCGGAGGAUGUGUUGGUACCAUUCUUUAUUCAUGGCUGUGUUCUUAGGCAAAAUUGUGAGUGAGCCCACUCCCUUGGCUGAGAAGCAACCCCACACAUGAAUGGUCUCAGGAUGCUUUACUGUUGGCAUGACACAGGACUGAUGGUAGCGCUCACCUUGUCUUCUCCGGACAAGGUGUUUUCCGGAUGCCCCAAACAAUCGGAAAGGGGAUUCAUCAGAGAAAAUGGCUUUACCCCAGUCCUCAGCAGUCCAAUCCCUGUACCUUUUGCAGAAUAUCAGUCUGUCCCUGAUGUUUUUCCUGGAGAGAAGUGGCUUCCUCGCUGCCCUUCUUGACACCAGGCCAUCCUCCAAAAGUAUUCGCCUCACUGUGCGUGUAGAUGCACUCACACCUGCCUGCUGCAAUUCCUGAGCAAGCUCUGCACUGGUGGUGCCCCGAUCCCACAGCUUAAUCAACUUUAGGAGACGGUCCUGGCGCUUGCUGGACUUUCUUGGGCACCCUGAAGCCUUCUUCACAACAAUUGAACCUCUCUCCUUGAAGUUCUUGACGAUCCGAUAAAUGGUUGAUUUAGGUGCAAUCUUACUAGCAGCAAUAUCCUUGCCUGUGAAGCCCUUUUCGUGCAAAGCAAUGGUGACGGCACGUGUUUCCUUGCAGGUAACCAUGGUUAACAGAGGAAGAACAAUGAUUUCAAGCACCACCCUCCUUUUAAAGCUUCCAGUCUGUUAUUCUAACUCAAUCAGCAUGACAAAGUGAUCUCCAGCCUUGUCCUCGUCAACACUCUCACCUGUGUUAAUGAGAGAAUCACUGACAUGAUGUCAGCUGGUCCUUUUGUGGCAAGGCUGAAAUGCAGUGGAAAUGUUUUUUUGGCGAUUAAGUUCAUUUUCAUGGCAAAGAGGGACUUUGCAAUUAAUUGUAAUUCAUCUGAUCACUCUUCAUAACAUUCUGGAGUAUAUGCAAAUUGCCAUCAUAAAAACUGAGGCAGUAGACUUUGUGAAAAUAAAUAUUUGUAUCAUUCUCAAAACUUUUGACCACGACUGUACGCUUGGCUCACUCCAUUGAAGCAGCAUCAGCUCUCACAACACGCCUCGCAUCCUCCUCUCUGAUUGCUUCCAGUGUCACCAAAGUGCUGUCAAUCCACAAUUUGUCCAUCAUAUUUGAUAUAGCAGUGGCUCCCUCAUUGGACGUGGCUACUGCCAAUGCGGCUUUUGCCCACGAAUACAGUUUUGGGGCAUCGCGACCAUAUUAGAGUUCAGACUUUUAUUUGCAUUCUGGGUUCCUCCAUGCUACAUUCUUUUGAUGAGGUUAUCAUUUGACAUCCUAUGACAUACAGGUACCAUUUUAUGUGCAACUUCUCUACUCAAAAAUGUAUGGCCUCCAUGGUUUUUGUGACUGGGUGGAUCUUCACCAUUUUCUAGGGCUCACUGGUGCCAGCACCAGUACACACACCUAUCCCGUAGUUGGAAGUGAAUCCUCGCUUGUGCCAAGUGCCAUCAAAGGAUACAUGAAUGUCUAUGAUGGCAUCCUCAUCCUCCUUCAGCAACUCUGCUAUGUCUGGGUCUAUAUCUGCAUAUGCUCUUCUAAUUAGCUUUACAGCACUCUCCAUUGACUGAAGCCUUAUCUGAAUCUCUGCAACUAAAGUGGGUACUUAUUAUGUCUGUCGACAUUACAGUAAUAACUGCAGGAUUAAAUAUCAGCAUGUUACCCUAUGUAAAUAUUAGCAUAUCAGCAUGUAUAUACUUUAUGUAAAUCUAAUUUGACACUGUAGACCUAUGUGACAGUCUCAUUGUAUAGUUAUGUUUUCCUAUCUCUCUGUUUAUUCACUUUGAAUACAUUUGAUGGAGCAAGGAAAUAAAUAUUAUUUAUACACAGCAAGUCACCUGACAAUAAUGGGCUACUCUCCCUUUUUAUUUACCUGUCACUCUUCUGUCAUGUCUCUGAUAUGAGCUGAGACACAAGGAAGGAAUCCCUUUGAUUAUUUUCUUUAGAGCUGCAUAGCCAAGUCCAAGUUCGUGGGCUAGAAAAACCAUCCUCACAUUUAUAUAAAAUGCCACAUAUCCCCUGGAGCAAUCCUGCAGCAUGGAGGAAGUGUAAACACUCCUCCUAAAUGCAUCACGAUCACCUUCACAGUGUGCACAUUUUAUCAUGACAGAAUUAUAGAAUCCCUGGUUGGUGGGGUCUACGUGAUUUUCAGUCCAGUGUUUAGACACUUAGGGGCAAAUCAAAUCAUGUACAAGUUGGUUUAUUUGUGACAUGUGGAAUAAAAGCCCCUGUUGGCUGGCUGCUGUCUGGUUGAUCUCAACUAAUUUGCUAAUUUUUUCUUUCAUUCACUACUUUUCUCGCAUUGGCUAACUGAGAUCGCAUAUUUUUAUUCAGUUUGCCGGAAAGGGCCAUUAAAUGCCAGUAAUCAAUCGGAUGUCAGGAAAUUACUAAUCUUUCAGCACGAAUCAGUACGUCUACAAAGGAUAUAGCCAUGAAUGGACAAGCUAACGAUAUGCUCCUGAAAACAAGCUUUGAAUGAUAUGUGAUUCAACAUGGAGAGUUUUAAAAGUAGCGGUUGAAGUUCUACAUGAAACAUGCUAACAAUAAUUAAAUGUAUGCUAGGUGUAGUUGACAGAGAUGGGAUAAAAUGAUACAAAUCAAGUAUUUAUAUACAUUAUUGCCAAUGUAUUUGUACAUUUUAUGAAAGUAUGGAAGUUAUAGUUGCAAAAUAUCCCAAAAUCUGAAAAUUGACAGAUGGAAACAAAAUCACAAUUUUUGCCUGUGGUGCCUGGCCUUAAGACCUCUUGAUGUAUCAAAAAAAGAUAUACAAACAUUAUUUGAUGAAAACAUUUAUUUGGCCUUACUGCUAGUAGCCCAUAUAAACACAUUGAUUAACAGAUUCAGUACAUGGAACAACAGAUAGUCCCAAAAGGAAGUUUGUUCUGAUGUGUCUAUCCUAUAUCUAAGAGAUAUAAGAUCAGGAAACAUUUGUUGUUGUUUUCUUACAUGUAUUUAACCCUUAUUUUUGUCACUAAACAGUCUCCAUAUAUACUUCCAUAAAUUUUUUCGACUAGUACCGGGGGACCAUCAGAUGAGUCUUGUGAGGUCUGUGUGUGUCCUACCUUUAUCCAGAGGGGUCAUAUUACUGUGUAGGCCAAACGGUUCGGAAACUACAGACAGAAGUUGGCAUAUCAGCUGUACCGACUUCAGCUGAUUCCAAAGCCGCUUGUGGGGUUUGUAAAGCAAAAACAUGUUCGUGAGAGUCUCAUCUUUCCAUAGAGGGGUCAUAAUAGUUUGUAGGCCAAACUGUUCGGACGCUACAGACAAAACAUUGUGAGAAGACGAAUUUUCGGGAUGUCUCAUUGUCUGACAAACACAGCUCUAGCUCUGUCACCUUUCACCGCAGAUGCAGAAGUGUUAUAUAGGUGGAUGAGGUGGAUUGAGAUGCAUCCAAUGCAAAAAAACAGAUAUCUAUCUUAAACUGAUUGAUUUUUAUGGGUAUUUUUCUUAUUAUGCUAAUUCGAUUUCCGCAAGGGCACGGACAUCUACCUUAUUUUUUUAUUUAUUAUGUUUUUAGCUUUAUCCUUUGAAAAUAGGCAAUAUUCUGGAGAUGAGCAUGCGUCUCUUCAAUAUGUACCUAUUGUUCCUCUUUUGUGCAUUUAACUAUAUGUCGCAAGUAAAGCCUUGGGUGGCGAGUUGAUACAAUUCCAAGUCUGGAAUGUUAAAAUCUUUCCUUUUUAUUUUAUGACUUUUUUUUGCCCAUAUAAAGUCUGUUAUAACCGAGUAUACUUUUUAAAGAAUGUUUUUGGUGGGGUAAUUGCUAUUAACGAGAAUAAAUAUACAAACUUUGGGAACCAUGCCAUUCUGAAGAGGUUUAUUCUACCUGUAAGAUUUAUGGGAAUAUUGUUCCAAUUAAUUAGAUCUACUUUCAUAUUGUUGAGAAAAGGAAUAAAGUUAUCUUUAUAUGUUUGUUGUUUGUUGUCACUUAUUAAGCAUCCUAAGUAUUUUAUAUUUUUUGUGGUCCACUUAAAAGAUUGCUGUAGAUCAUGUUAUUAUUUUUAUUUUUCCUGUUGCCAUAAUUUUUUUUUUUUACACAUUAAUUUUAUAUCCUGGCAUUUGAGAGUAUUCAGACAAUAUUUUUAGCAAGGGGGGCAUUAAGUUUGACUUUCCAUGGCUGACCUCUGAUCUUUGUCUGACCUGUCCUGUCGGUCCCGCCUUCCGCAGGAGAUGACGCGGGCUGUACGGUUGACGGCCAGGUGUACACCAACCGAGACAUUUGGAAACCAGAGCCAUGUCGGAUCUGCGUGUGCGACAGCGGCUCCGUCCUGUGCGACGAGAUCCAGUGCGAUGAGCUGUCCAACUGUGAGAAGGUGACCAUCCCCGAGGGCGAGUGCUGUCCCAUCUGCCAGAACGAGGGCGGCUCAGACACCAGUGGCAACGGCAGACCCGGUGAGUGGUCGGAAAGCGUGACCCGAAAUUUGCUAUGACGAAAAUAAGAAUUAACUCCACUGACUCCAUGACAAUGAAGUCAUUGUAGAAUAGAUACUUUUGUAACAUGAUUCUUUGUUCAUGUCUGUUGUGUUCUGUCAUUUUCAGAUGGUGGCAGAGUCUACAGGGUAAGAUUUAGUAUGUCAUUGUGAUACAUCUUUAUAAUACUGUAUUACUAAUUGGAUUUAAACAAUGGUGCAAUGUCUGUCUUCUUGCUCUUCGUUUGUAGGGUCAGAAAGGAGAACCUGGAGAAGUACCACAGGUGACUGGGAUCAGAGGUCGUCCUGGGCCUAUGGUAAGCUUAUAGUUCACUUUGUUUUCAAAGUCUAUUAUAAACUUAGUUUAUGAUAUGGUGCUUUGUAGUGUUGAUUUUGUAAAACUCUUUGAGUCGACACUAGAUGGCAGAAGAGAACAGUUACCUUUAAAUUGUCCUGAAAGAAUUCCUGUGUAGUUCAACUGUACCUGACAGAGCAUCAGGAAUGACUUUACUCCAUUUCCAUAGUAAUGAUGUCAUCAUGGGAUUUAUGAAGGGACAUUAUUGUGUCUACACUAUUGUGACUUUUUCAUCCGUUCUUUUUGUCCUACAACAGGGGCCUCCCGGAUCGCCAGGAUUCAGAGGGGACCGAGGACAGAAAGGAAGACCUGUACGUUCCAAACAUGACUCACAGAGCAAAUACAUUAUGCUGUAGCAAUGCUUGAGUUCUGUACUGUAUAAUUAUUUACAUUGGCACAUUGACAAAAAUACAGUGCGUUUUGAUUCAAACUGGAUCUUUGCCAAAUCUCAAAUCCUUUAUCAUUCCUUGUCCUGGGACUAAACCAACAGUGUGAUCACCCAUCCCUUUUAUGUGACAGCCCCUCAGAAGUAGUAUGAUCCAUGUGGACCCACCUGUGCAGUCAACACAGUGAUUGUCUUUUAAAAACAGAAUGUCACGUAGAUUGAUUUGGGAAAGACGUUUGAGGUACAGUGCAUUCGGAAAGUACUCAGACCCCUUGACUUGUUACAUUACAGCCUUAUCUAAAAUAGAUUUUUUAAAAUCACAUCAAUACCCCAUAAUGACAAAGCGAAAACAGGUUUUUAUAAUUUUUUGCAAAUUUAUUUUAAAAAAUCUAAACAGAAAUACCUUAUUUACAUAAGUAUUCAGUCCCUUUGCUAUGAGACUCGAAAUUGAGCUUAGGUGCAUCCUGUUUCCAUUGAUCAUCCUUGAGACGUUUUUACAACUUCAUUGGAGUCCACCUGUGGUAAAUUCAAUUGAUUGGACAUGAUUUGGAAAGACACACACUGUCUAUAUAAGGUCCCACAGUUGACGUAAAAAUGUAUGCACACAUGACUGUAAGUCGCUUUGGAUAAAAGUGUCUGCUAAAUGGCAUAUUCAUAUUAAUAUUAAUUGACAGUGCAUGUCAGAGCAAAAACCAAGCCAUGAGGUCGAAGGAAUUGUCCGUAGAGCUCCGAGACAUGUUUGUGUCAAGGCACAGAUAUGGGGAAGGGACCAAAACAAAUAUUUAGCAUUGAAGGUCCCCAAGAACACAGUGGCCUCCAUCAUUCUUAAAUGGAAGAAGUUUGGAACAACCAAAACUCUUCCUAGAGCUGGCCACCCGGCCAAACUGAGCAAUCGGGGGAGAAGGGCCUUGGUCAGGGAGGUGACCAAGAACCCGAUGGUCACUCUGACAGAGCUCUAGAUAUCCUCUGUGGAGAUGAUAGAACCUUCCAGAAGGACAACCAUCUCUGCAGCACUCCACCAAUCAGGCCUUUAUGGUAGAGUGUCCAGACGGAAGCCACUACUCAGUAAAAGGUACAUGACAGCCCGCUUGGAGUUUGCCAAAAGGCACCUAAAGGACUCUGACCAUGAGAAACAAGAUUCUCUGGUCUGAUGAAACCAAGAUUGAACUCUUUGACCUGAAUGCCAAGCGUCAUGUCUGGAGGAAACCUGGCAUCAUCGCUACGGUGAAGCAUGGUGGUGGCAGCAUCAUGCUGUGGGGAUGUUUUUCAGCGGCAGGGACUGGGAGACUAGUCAGGAUCGAGGGAAAGAUGAACGGAGCAAAGUACAGAGAGGUCCUUGAUGAAAACCUGCUCCAGAGUGCUCAGGACCUCAGACUGGGGCGAAGGUUCACCUUCCAACAGGCCAACGACCCUAAGUACACAGCCAAGACAAUGCAGGAGUGGCUUCGGGUCAAAUCUCUGAAUGUCCUUGAGUGGCCCAACCAGAGCCCGGACUUGAACCCGAUCGAACAUCUCUGGAGAGACCUGUGCAGCGACACUCCCCAUCCAACUUGAUAGAGCUUGAGAGGAUCUGCGGAGAAGAAUGGGAGAAACUCCCCAAAUACAGGUGUGCCAAGCUUGUAACGUCAUACCCAAGAAGACUCGAGGCUGUAAUCACUGCGAAAGGUGCUUCAACAAAGUACUGAGUAAAGGCUCUGAAUACUUACAUAAAUGUGAUAUUUCCGUAUUUUUUUAUUUAUACAUUUGCAAAAAUUUAUAAAAACCUGUUUUUGCUUCGUCAUUAUGGGGCAUUGUGUGUAGAUUGAUGAGGGGAAAAAACUAUUUAAUCAAUUUUAGAAUAAGGCUGUAACAUAACAAAAUGUGGAAAAAGUCAAGGGGUCUGAAUAUAUAAUUAAGCAAUAAGGCCCAAUGGGGUGUGGUAUAUGGCCAAUACACCACAAACCCCUGAGGUGCCUUAUUGCUAUUAUAAACUGGUUACCAACGUAAUUAGAGCAAUAAAAAUAAAUGUUGUGUCAUACCCGUGGUUAUGAUUGCCAUUAUAAACUGGGUGAUUCGAGCCCUGAAUGCUGAUUGGCUGACAUCCGUGGUAUAUCAGAUCUGUGGUAUAUUUAAACAUAAAUGAUUAAUGUAUAUGCUCCUCUCAUUGGAAUGCUGAUCCUAUGGAGGGCAUACAUUAAGCAGAAUCUUAUUUAGCAGAACAACAUUAGUCUUUAUGAUUUAUGACAUAUGUCGCUUGUCUGCCUCUCAUAUUAUGUUUAACACCCUUGAUUCAAUUCAUCCGUUUUGUCAAGCAUACGCUCUAAUGAUUUUUUUCUCAUUUGUGGCCAUUUUCAUCAUCCACCAUCAUUGCAUAUCAACUAGGAGACGUGCUUUAGAACAAGAAGGCAAUAUGAAUGUAUACACAUAUAUUACUAAACCUAAAUGGAGAUCCGAACUCAAGUGUCACUGAUAUCAAUACAUGAUUUGAGCAGAAAUGUAGGUCGCACAUCAAGUUAUAAUUUGGAACCUAAUGAAUGACACAGUGUGAACCUGAAAUGUGUUGCGUAGUCCUGUUUAUAUUAACAUGACAUUAUCUAUUUGAAGGGGCUACGUGGACCAGCAGGAUAUGAUGGAGAGCCUGGUGUGCCUGGAAAUCCAGGAGAACCCGGACCUGCAGGAAACCAGGGUCCACCAGGGGUAAGUACCACAGUACCCACCCCUCAUAAACAAUGUAUAAUGUCAACUAUAUAAUGUUUCUAUAAAUGUUUAAUUGACUGUCAAUAAACAAAUUAUAAAGUUUAUUUGGUAUCAACUCUAACUCUGCUGUUCCACUGUUACAUGGACCUUUGCUGGCAAGAUCUUCAGAAGUCGAGAUCAGUCAAAAUUUUGUCAAUGACCACCCACCGAUUCUAUUGGAUGCCACCAAAGGUUUUAUUAAAAAUAAUGCAACUGCAUUUGCAUCUGGGUUGAAUAAAUCACAAUUAAAGAAGAUAUCAGAAUGAGAAAUGUUGUUAACUGCAUUAGAGCGUUCUCAACAAACACUAUUUUCAGACCAGGUAGCUAUUACUCUUUCCAAAACCAAGAAAUAAUUAAAUGUAUUAAUAAGACAGAGAGCAGAAUUUUCCAUCCACUGAGUUAGACUAAACCAUUACUUCCAUGGGAAUCAUUCUAGUAAUUUACUGGCCAAUAAGCUACGCAGUAAUGAUCAAUUAGCUGAUAUAUAGAAGGAUGCUGUAAACAAUUCCAUCGUCUAAGAGCCAAAAUCCCUUCUCAAACACUCCCUUUCUGUGGACAGACUCCUUCAUCACACCCAAGGCCCAGUCCCUGCUGUACCAACCUCCCGUUAUGGUACUGCUCUUAACCUCCACCUCCCAGCUGUGUGUCGAAACCCUCAGAACCCAGAACCCCUUUGUAGAGAUUGAUCCUCUCUGGGUUGUCAGGUGGAGAAAUCAUCUCGUCUCCCUCGAAAGGGAGAGAGUCUCUGAGUCGAAACCUUGCCAGGUCAUGAUACAUCAGCAGAUCUGGGUUGGCAGUGUUGGGGUCCAGGGUCACAGGAUAGUAUUUCACAAUCUCCUGCAACUUCUCCCAGACGCUGAACUGCAGGUUGCACAGGUGAUUGACCAUGUCUAUUAGUGCUCCUGAGUUCAGCUGUGGACCUGGGAGUGGGGACUGGGAUCUGGCCUUGUAUAGAGUGGCCUUGUAUCUCUGCAGGAAGGUGAUGUGGUCACCUUUUAGACACUCUUCUACGGCUCUGAUUUUAACUGAAAGACUUGAGAUUAUUUUGCUAAUCUCUUCGGUCUUCUCCUUUAUCAUCCGAAUCUUCUCCUUCUCUUCCUCCCUCAGAGCACGUAUCCUGGCCUUCUCUUCUUCUAGUAUACAGUGGGGGGGAAAAGUAUUUAGUCAGCCACCAAUUGUGCAAGUUCUCCCACUUAAAAAGAUGAGAGAGGCCUGUAAUUCUCAUCAUAGGUACACGUCAACUAUGACAGAUAAAAUGAGAAAAAAAAAUCCUGAAAAUCACAUUGUAGGAUUUUUAAUGAAUUUAUUUGCAAAUUAUGGUGGAAAAUAAGUAUUUGGUCAAUAACAAAAGUUUCUCAAUACUUUGUUAUAUACCCUUUGUUGGCAAUGACACAGGUCAAACGUUAUCUGUAAGUCUUCACAAGGUUUUCACACACUGUUGCUGGUAUUUUGGCCCAUUCCUCCAUGCAGAUCUCCUCUAGAGCAGUGAUGUUUUGGGGCUGUCGCUGGGCAACACGGACUUUCAACUCCCUCCAAAGAUUUUCUAUGGGGUUGAGAUCUGGAGACUGGCUAGGCCACUCCAGGACCUUGAAAUGCUUCUUACGAAGCCACUCCUUCGUUGCCCGGGCGGUGUGUUUGGGAUCAUUGUCAUGCUGAAAGACCGAGCCACGUUUCAUCUUCAAUGCCCUUGCUGAUGGAAGGAGGUUUUCACUCAAAAUCUCACGAUACAUGGCCCCAUUCAUUCUUUCCUUUACACGGAUCAGUCAUCCUGGUCCCUUUGCAGAAAAACAGCCCCAAAGCAUGAUGUUUCCACCCCCAUGCUUCACAGUAGGUAUGGUGUUCUUUUGAUGCAACUCAGCAUUCUUUGUCCUCCAAACACAACGAGUUGAGUUUUUACCAAAAAGUUCUAUUUUGGUUUCAUCUGACCAUAUGACAUUCUCCCAAUCCUCUUCUGGAUCAUCCAAAUGCACUCUAGCAAACUUCAGACGGGCCUGGACAUGUACUGGCUUAAGCAGGGGGACACGUCUGGCACUGCAGGAUUUGAGUCCCUGGCGGCGUAGUGUGUUACUGAUGGUAGGCUUUGUUACUUUGGUCCCAGCUCUCUGCAGGUCAUUCACUAGGUCCCCCCGUGUGGUUCUGGGAUUUUUGCUCACCGUUCUUGUGAUCAUUUUGACCCCACGGGGUGAGAUCUUGCGUGGAGCCCCAGAUCGAGGGAGAUUAUCAGUGGUCUUGUAUGUCUUCCAUUUCCUAAUAAUUGCUCCCACAGUUGAUUUCUUCAAACCAAGCUGCUUACCUAUUGUCUUCCCAGUCUGGUGCAGGUCUACAAUUUUGUUUCUGGUGUCCUUUGACAGCUCUUUGGUCUUGGCCAUAGUGGAGUUUGGAGUGUGACUGUUUGAGGUUGUGGACAGGUGUCUUUUAUACUGAUAACAAGUUCAAACAGGUGCCAUUAAUACAGGUAACGAGUGGAGGACAGAGGAGCCUCUUAAAGAAGAAGUUACAGGUCUGUGAGAGCCAGAAAUCUUGCUUGUUUGUAGGUGACCAAAUACUUAUUUUCCAUCAUAAUUUGCUAAUAAAUUCAUAAAAGAUCCUACAAUGUGAUUUUCUGGAAAAAAAAUUCUCAAUUUGUCUGUCGUAGUUGAUGUGUACCUAUGAUGAAAAUUACAGGCCUCUCUCAUCUUUUUAAGUGGGAGAACUUGCACAAUUGGUGGCUGACUAAAUUCUUUUUUUCCCCACUGUAAUUGUAAGAAAAUCUUUCAAGUCUGUCCUGAUCUGCAUGUGUGUAUGAACGACCUAUGUCUUUAUGUACUCUGCUGUUUGAUCACAGGCUAGUUUAGCUUCAGAGAAGAGACUCAGCUUCUUCUUCAAGGGCUCCAGUUCAGCCUUUACUCUCUCCUUGUGAUCCUGGACAAUUUCAUUUAUGGGACAGAACUUGUAUUCUUGAAUCCCGACACACCAAACAGACAGGCUGUUGAUCCUCCAAACAGAAAAGCUUGAGUUUCUCUUUGUGCAGAGUACAGAACCUCUCGGACCUGACUGCAUCCAUGUAGCUCCUGUGCUGUAGGAACCCCUCACACAGCCUCUUCAGGGUCAGGCUCACUGCUGGGAAAGGCAUGGAGGAGAUCUUCAUGCAGACUGGACAUUCCUGGUCAUCCUUACAUUUCCAUAAUUCCUCCAGGCAGGUUUUACAGGGCUGUGGAUGCAACACAGAAACACAGGAUCACUGAAGAUGUCACAGCACACAGGACAGGAUAAAUAAUCUUCUUGGAGGGACGAUUCAGAAGCCAUAUGUCACUCAGACAGUCAGUUUCCUCCUCUCUGUAAUGGCCUCAGCAAAUAGCCAAACAUGCCUUUCAUAAAGAGAUGCUCUGUUUUUUGACACCACACUCCAAAAAGCAAGUCCUGCAGGCUCUAGUUUUGUCUUAUCUUGAUUAUUGUCCAGUCGUGUGGUCGAAUGCUGCAAGGAAAGACCUAGUUAAGCUGCAGCUGACCCAGAACAGAGCGGCACGUCUUGGUCUUCAUUGUAAUCAGAGGGUUAAUAUAAAUACUAUGCAUGCCAGUCUCUAUUGGCUAUGAGUUGAGGAGAGACUGACUGCAUCACCUCUUCUUUUUAUAAGAAACAUUAAUGUGUUGAAAAUCCCAUAUUGUUUGCAUAGUCACUUACACACAGCUCUGACACACACACUUACCCCACCAGACAUGCCACCAGGGGUCUUUUCACAGUUGCCAAAUCCAGAACAAAUUCAAGAAAGCGUACAGUAUUAUAUAGAGACAUUAUUGCAUGGAACUCAGUUCCAUCUCAUAUUGCUCAAAUUAACAUUAAACCUGGUUUAAAAAAAUGGAUAAACCAACACCUCACGGCACAACGCCUCUCCCCUAUUUGACCUAGAUAGUUUGUGUGUUUGUAUUGAUAUGGAAGAGUAGCUGCUACUUUCACAACAACUAAUGGGGAUCCUAAUAAAAUACCAAAUACCAGAGGUAGUAUAAUCAGCUUCAGUGGCAAGUCCAACAGCAGGUUCUACACUUAUCACAAGUCUCUCUGGAUCAGAGUAGAUGGUGUCAGCUAAAGGACUAAACUGUAAAAGGCUAUAUCAAAUUUAUCCAGGAAAAUCUGUAGUUCUUGACAAUGAAGGAUGAGGGGGUGGGGUAAUUCCCUAACCAUUGAUUGGUCCUGGGGAUUACCUGGCCGAUGAGAGAACAAAGGUUACCUGACUAAUGAGGCAGCAGUGAUACCAGGUGUGAAGUAGAGGAGUGAUGUGGGGGUAGGUGAUAAAGGCCCACACAAGAGAUGGGGUCGAAGUGGAGGCAUGAAUGACCCUAACCAUAAAACAUUAGCAGAUUGAUUAUCUGGACAUCAUUUGGCCUAUUGGGAAACAUAGUAUGGGGAUAGGACAGCAUACCUGGCCGUUAGCUGUCCCAUUGAGAUGCUGAGUGUUCUCUGAGUUGCAGAUUGCAUAUCCAAUACUCUAAAUCACUGUUCUGUUUCUCCAGGGACUGGGAGCUCAGAUGGCUGGAGGCUUUGGGGAUGAGAAAUCGGCCGGCCAAACAGCCAUGGUGCCAGGAUCUAGGGUAAGAAGGGUGCAGUGGUACCAUCUUGGGUCUUUGCUAUGGCUUGGAUAAUUUAACUUUUGUGAUGUAUCAGAUGUUUUUAUCUUAGUGAUGUUGAUGUAUGUUUGGAACAACCAUUUGUUGACUCCGUGGGGCCAUACUUUUUACCAAUAAUGAUUGUGAGUGCAAUGAUGUCAUCUGUGUUUUAGGGGGAGGCAGGAGCAAGAGGACCUCCUGGGCCAAAUGGAAACCCUGUAAGUUAAAAACAACCCAUGAAGAACUAAUUUCAAACAACUCUAUUUGGAGCAAGCCUUUCACCAACCUCUCUCUCUCGCUCUCUCUCAGGGUCAUGCUGGACCGCAAGGACCCCCUGGGGAAGUCGGUGAUCCAGGCCACAUGGUAUGACAACAUUCUCCUUGUCACAUGUCAUGUUUCUGGUCAGGUGUUCCCUGUUUGUUGCAACAAUUUUCAACAAUGUUUAUAAAGAAUAGCACCUUGAAUCAUGUUGGCACCACAGUAGUCACAUGCAUCUUCUCAAACACAAACAACACAAAACUGACAGACUAUAGAAUGUCUGAAGGCAUAUGUUGUUGUGGACACAAUUUCUGUGCAACUGUUUAUGUUUACCAUUUAAUCUCCUGGUAACACUUUUCAUAAAGCACACAGGUAUAAUACAUUAUGAUGCAGUUAUGAUGCACUGUAGGGCUAGUCAUAAGCAUGUAUAACCCCCUUAUAUAAUGCCUUAUCAUUAUCUUCUGUUGUAGGGUCCACCUGGACAAAGGGGACCUGAAGGGCCACCGGGAAAGCCGGGUGAAGACGUGAGUAAAAGAUCAUCUCUGUUCACCCGAAGUACUGAUGCCACCCUGCAUAUCAAAGACAUGGUUUUAGUGGGCUAGUGGUAAUGUCAGUUGCCUCAUGAGUUUGUUGUGUUGUGGAGAAUGUUUCCCAACAGAAACAAUUUCAGAAGACAUUAACAUAUUAGAUAGGAAGUAUACUAACCAGGAACAUUUGAAAUGAACACUAUUAGUGUGUUCUCAAGCAUGAUGUGUAAGAAAUAUCAUACUUUAUACAUAGUAAAUGGCCAUGUUACUAAUUUAUUAUGAUGUCAUCCUAGGGAGAAGGAGGAAAAUCAGGAAAUUCGGGAGAGAUGGGAUUCCCUGGAUCAGCGGUAAGUUAUAUAUCAAUGGAAGUGUUAUACUUUAAAUUAUGACUAAAAUGACUGCAAUACUGUAUUGAAACUGUACUAAAAUACCAUGUCAUGUAUUUCAGGGUGCUCGAGGAUUUCCAGGGACACCUGGGCCUCCUGGAUUGAAAGGCCAUAGAGUAAGUAUGACCCCCGACAAACAUUCAAAGAACCUCACUGUGACCUCAUGUGUCACACCAUUAUUGUCCACUAAUGGAAAAAUACACUUUGUUGUUUCAGGGUCACACAGGUCCAAUGGGUCUAAGAGGCGAAACUGGAACUGUAGGAUCCAAGGUACAAAAUCUAUUUGAUGUUAUAGCUACAACUGACUCACUCUGUUUUUAUCAUUCAUAUUGACAUCAUAGUCAUUUCUUGUCAUAUGUCAGUAAUAUUCAUAUAGAUAUUAGAUAGAUGAGUGUAUAAUAUGCACAAAAUCUGAGAGAAAUAAGCUUUUUGUGCAUAUGGAACAUUUCUGGGAUCUUUUAUUUCAGCUCAUGAAACAUGGAACCAACACUUUACAUGUUGUGUUUAUAUUUUUGUUCAGUAUAUAUUAAGUAUAUGCAUACUGUAGAGGUUUGUAAGGCAUGUUUUGAUGAAUGCAAUGUUUUUGUAAAUGAUCUCUUAGGGUGCAUUAGGCCCCACUGGUCCGAUUGGCACACCUGGCCCUAUGGUAAGUGGAGAAUAUUUCAAAUAUACAGUAUUGUGUACUAACAACUUAUGCGGUCACUGACAAAAUGGCAUUUUAUGCAAAGACCACUGAGAUGAAGAGGCCAACUGUUAUGUUGAUUGCAAUUUGCUAUAGGUUGUUAUCAAUAACAUUUUGCAAUAUGGUGCACAGCAUUUGAUUUGGCUGCUGGGAGGCAAGGAGACCCCAGCUCCGCUAAAGUAAUUUACAACUAUGUGCCGUUUAUAAGGUUGUUGAAUAAAUGUUAUAGCUAUUUGGUUUUAAUAUUACCACCUCUUGAAGAGCAUAUAGUCAGAACUACACAUUUCAGAUUAUUCCAUGCAAAACAAUUUAGCACAUUUAGCACUAUCAUCAGAGUCUCCAUGCCCCCCAGCAGGCAAAUCGAACGCACUGAAUCUUAUUGUGACGUUUUAUUGAUAAGGACCUAUUCUUUGGAAGACUCCUCUCCAUCUGCACUGUUCACAAAAGAUAAGAUAGGUGAAAGCAAAAUGGUGGAUGCCUACCUGUCUAGAUUCUUAGUGUAGUGCAGAAGAAAGAAAGGAGACAAGCAUUGGAAGGCACUAUAUGGAUACAGCCCAUGAUGAGGAGCUAUGCCUCUACUGUACAUUAUCUUUGGCUAGAUUUCUUUCAGCUGUCUAAAAUAAACAGUGCAAUAUGCUUAACUAACAGGUAUACUUAAAUUCAUAAAUUAUUUAAUGAAUAAAUACAUUGAUGUUUCAAAUAAUGCAAUUAUAAAUUCCUGUUAGCGGAGGCCUAUUUGCACCUACUAUUGGCCAAGCAUUUUCAAAUUUGAAAUCUGACUUUCUGGUACUGCAGAAGACACUUUCUGAUCUUAAGUUAAUGCUAACAAAACAAAAUGUAUGCUGUUCUCUAGACUACAUAAUUUAAAUCUAAAUGACUGUACAAUUACUAAUCUAAAUGGUAUAGAAGUUGAACUUAUUCCAAAUAUCUUGGUAUAGGGCUAGAUGACAAGUUGCCUUUCAAAACACAUACACAUCCCGGAGUCGCCUCUUCACUGUUGACGUUGAGACUGGUGUUUUGCGGGUACUAUUUAAUGAAGCUGCUAGUUGAGGACCUGUGAGGCACCUGUUUCUCAAACUAGACACUCUAAGGUAUUUGUCCUCUUGCUCAGUUGUGCACCGGGGCCUCCCACUAUUCUUUCUAUUCUUGUUAGAGCCAGUUUGCGCUGUUCUGUGAAGGGAGUGAUACACAGCGUUGUACGACAUCUUCAGUUUCUUGGCAAUUUCUCGCAUGUAAUAGCCUUAAUUUCUCAGAACAAUUAUAGACUGACGAGUUUCAGAAGAAAGUUAUUUGUUUCUGGCCAUUUUGAUCCUGUAAUCGAACCCACAAUUGCUGAUGCUCCAGAUACUCAACGAGUCUCAAGAAGGCCAGUUUUAUUGCUUCUUUAAUCAGCACAACAGUUUUCAGCUGUGCUAACAUAAUUGCAAAAGGGUUUUCUAAUCAUCAAUUAGCCUUUUAAAAUGAUAAACUAGGAUUAGCAAACACAACGUGCAAUUGGAACACAGGACUGAUGGUUGCUGAUAGUGGGCCUCUGUACGCCUAUGUAGAUAUUCCAAUAAAAAUCAGCCAUUUCCAGCUACAAUAGCCAUUUACAACAUUAACAAUGUCUACACUGUAUUUCUGAUAAAUUUGAUGUUACCUUUCUUUCGAAAACAAGGACAUUUCUAAGUGACCCCAAACUUUUGAACGGUAGUGUAUAUAUAUAUUUUUAAUCCAUUUAAAAUAAGUCUGUAACGUAACAAAAUGUGGAAAAGGUCAAGGGGUCUGAAUACUUUCCGAAUGCACUGUAUAUGUGUUUUUUUCUUUGUAUUGAAAACAGGUCUCUACUCCAAAUGAGACUUUGGUCUCAGUUGAUCCCCUGUAUAAAUAAAAGUAUAAUAAUAACAUGGAACUGUUUACAAAUAGCAUUGCUUCAUGAUUGUUCUGGAGCAGCUUUUGGACCUAUUUGCAGGGCUAUUCCUAGUGUAUCAACUCCCUGCCAAUUAACAACUCCUAUUUUCAACUUUUACUUUAAUGGUCACUUUUUCCUUACAUUUAUAUGUUUAUUGCUUAAUGGUAAUUUUGUCCUUACAUUUAUAUGUUUAUUGCUCUGCCACUGUAAAAGUAAUCAUGAUUAAUUGCUCCGUUUAGGGCCCUAGAGGCAUGCCUGGGGAGAGAGGUCGCUUAGGAGCAAAUGGAGUACCGGUAAGAAUGAGAACCUAAAGUUGAGGGGGGGGGUUAGAAUUUUAGGACCACUUUAGGUAUAUACAGUGUGUAUAUAUAUAUAUAUAUAUAUAUAUAUAUAUAUAUAUAUAUAUAUAUAUAUAUACACAGCUGAAGUCGGAAGUUUACAUACACUUAGGUUGGAGUCAUUAAAACUCGUUUUUCAACCACUCCACACAUUUCUUGUUAACAAACUAUAGUUUUGGCAAUCAGUUAGGACAUCUACUUUGUGCAUGACACAAGUAAUUUUUCCAACAAUUGUUUACAGACAGAUUAUUUCACUUAUAAUUCACUGUAUCACAAUUCCAGUGGGUCAGAAGUUUACAUACACUACGUUGACGGUGCCUUUAAACAGCUUGGAAGAUUCCAGAAAAUGAUGUAAUGGCUUUAGAAGCUUCUGACAGGCUAAUUGACAUCAUUUGAGUCAAUUGGAGGUCUAACUGUGGUUAUAUUUCAAGGCCUACCUUCAAACUCAGUGCCUCUUUGCUUGACAUCAUGGGAAAAUCAAAAGAAAUCAGCCAAGACCUCAGAAGAAAAAUUGUAGACCUCCACAAGUCUGGUUCAUCCUUGGGAGCAAUUCCCAAAUGCCUGAAGGUACCACGUUCAUCUGUACAAACAAUAGUAUGCAAGUAUAAACACCAUGGGACCACGCAGCCGUCAUACCGCUCAGGAAGGAGACACGUUCUGUCUCCUAGAGAUGAACGUACUUUGGUGCAAAAAUCAAUCCCAGACCUUGUGAAGAUGCUGGAGGAAACAGGUACAAAAUAAUCUACAUCCACAGUAAAACGAGUCCUAUAUCAACAUAACCUGAAAGGCCGCUCAGCAAGGAAGAAGCCACUGCUCCAAAUCCGCCAUAAAAAAGCCAGACUACGGUUUGCAACUGCACAUGGGGACAAAGAUCGUACUUUUUGGAGAAAUAUCCUCUGGUCUGAUGAAACAAAAAUAGAACUGUUUGGCCAUAAUGACCAUUGUUAUGUUUGGAGGAAAAAGGGGGUACCUUGCAAGCCGAAGAACACCAUCCCAACCGUGAAGCAUGGGGGUGGCAGCAUCAUGCUGUGGGGAUGCUUUGCUGCAGGAGGGACUGGUGCACUUCACAAAAUAGAUGGCAUCAUGAGGAAGGAAAAUUAUGUGGAUAUAUUGAAGCAACAUCUCAAGACAUCAGUCAGGAAGUUAAAGCUUGGUCGCAAAUGGGUCUUCCAAAUGGACAAUGACCCCAAGCAUACUUCCAAAGUUGAGGUAAAAUGGCUUAAGGACAACAAAGUCAAGGUAUUGGAGUGGCCAUCACAAAGCCCUGACCUCAAUCCUAUAGAACAUUUGUGGGCAGAUCUGAAAAAGCGUGUGCGAGCAAGGAGGCCUACAAACCUGACUCAGUUACACUAACUUUGUCAGGAGGAAUGGGCCAAAAUUCAUCCAACUUAUUGUGGGAAGCUUGUGGAAGGCUACCCGAAACGUUUGACCCAAGUUAAACAAUUAAAGGCAAUGCUACCAAAUACGAAUUGAGUGUAUGUAAACUUCUGACCCACUGGGAAUGUGAUGAAAGAAAUAAAAGCUUAAAUAAAUAAUUCUCUCUACUAUUAUUCUGACAUUUCACAUUCUUAAAAUAAAUUGGUGAUCCUAACUGACCUAACUGUAGCUCGGCCACCUUCCAAAGCAGAUGCGGAAGGCCAACAUAGGCGGAUGUGAUGGAUUGAGACGCAGCCCAUGCAAAAAAUAUCUCUAACUUAAACUGAUGGAUUUUGAUGGGGAUUUUUUUAUUAUGUUACUUAGAUCUUAAGGUUAAUAUCAUUCUCAGUUGUAUCACAAAUUUUUAUAUACAAUGGUAUUUCAUGUAUUUGACUAGUGAUACAAAUUUCUGAUGCAUGUUUUUACAAGAAUUGUAAUUGUAGAUUGUAUUCUGUGUGAAUCAAUUUUAUUUUUUAUUUUUUGAUCAUAGGGUAUGAAAGGUCCUCCUGGGAACAUUGGUAAAUCUGGUCCGACGGUAAGACAAGCAUAGAAUAAAAAAAAAAAGGGCCUGCAGUUGCUACUAAUAUAUUACCGCUUUUCAGCUAUUCAUAAAUUACAUUUUCUGGUAUUAUACUUGCAGGGUCCAUUAGGUAUCAAUGGUUCCCCAGGAUAUCCAGGAAUUCCAGGAAUGAAGGCAAGUAAACUAUCAAGUAGAACAUUAAGUAUUCAAUACAUGUUCAAAUCAAUAUGAUUUAAAUAGUAACUUCCGAGGCUUUAUAUGUAACAGUGUAUACAGUAUGUUGUAAAUGCAACCUAAUAACAUACAGUAUAUAACUUGCUAAUAAGGUAAUGUAGGACUACUGUAUGUACAUAAAAUGGACUCAAGGGGAUUUCUGUUUCUAUUCUCCAGGGCCAACCUGGUGCCACAGGAGCACGGGGCCCCGAGGGGCAACAGGGACAGAGGGGCGAGACAGGACACCAAGGCAGGGCAGGAUCAACUGGCCAACAAGUAAGGGUCUCAUUUAUAACACCUACUCUCUUUGUUAAACAUCAUUGUGCUGUACUUUUCAAUUUAUGGCACAAUGCAUUUUAGUAAUAUGAUAUAUUUGCUAUAUUUAGGGUCCUUCAGGAACAGACGGGGGCCCAGGUACCAAGGGUCCAGUGGUACGUAUAUUAUCAUUAAUCUAGUACCCCUAAUUUUCAAUAAAAUAAUUAAUGUUGUAAAACAUAAUUGUAUUAUCACAUAGCAUACCUAGAUUCAUACGAUCAAGAUUGAUGUCUAUUGAGAGAUAUUCCUGUUGUUUUGUAGGGCACUAUGGGUGUGCAGGGUCCCGGGGGUCACCUCGGCCCCCAUGGUCCACCCGGACCUCAGGGAAGCACUGGACAGCCUGGGAUCAAAGGUCAACUGGUAAUGUGGCGUCCGUUUACUUUGGAUAUAAGUAAUUUUCUGCUCAUGGGAGGUCCAUUCAUUCAUGUACCGUAUAGAUGUAUACAUACACUGUCAAUGUAAUGACUUGCAUACAUGCCUUUACCAAAGCACAGAUAAUAUGGCCCAGAGCACCUAAGUAAUGUACCAUUAAUGCAGCACAGUUGUUUGACUGAUUGACAAGAUGGGAAUAUUGUUUUUCAUUUUAUGAUACAUUAUCUCAGGUGCAGAAUACAAUGUUACUAUAGUGAUCCAGUAUAUUUAUGGCUCUCAUCUUUGUUUCAGGGAGAUGUUGGUGUACCUGGGUACAAAGGAGAGGCCGGACCCAAAGGAGAAUCUGUAAGCCCAAAUAAUUUGUGACCAUUCACAGAGAAUAUGUACAAUAUUCAUGGUAUUAUGUACAGUACUUGUAAUAUUGUACAAUACUUGGAUGUCUACAUUUUCAUUAUUUCCCAUUGAAAGAAAUUCAGACACUGUCAUAGUUGGAGCAGAGUGUAUUGAGUUGGUUAAACACAUUUUAAAUAAAGUUUGUUUUGAUUAUUAGGGUCCCCCUGGUUCUCAAGGAAUAAUCGGGCCCCAGGGGGAGGAGGGAAAGAGAGGAACUCGUGGUGACUCUGGCCUACUAGGACCACCCGGUCCUCUUGGUGAGAGGGUGAGUCUACCGUUGGCCUCUAUUACUGAAAACUUCUAGAUGAUUAGGAUUUAGGUCAGUGACUGUAACUUCUCAGGAUGGAUUUCAGCCACCAUCUCAAAUUUAUCCCAGUUCAUCCUCCAAUUGAUUUAACUGACAUGGAUAUCCUCAACCCUGUGCAGAAAAUAUAUUGUGUCAUAGAUGUAAUCUUAGUAUCGUAUGUCUUCGUUUCAUAUAUGGAUGGGCAUUUGUAUUUCAGGGGUCUCCUGGUAACAGAGGUUUCCCUGGUGCUGAUGGAUUACCUGGACCUAAGGUACAGACAGAGAUAUAUUACAGCUACAUCGGUGGUCAUUAGACUGGAUUCUUAGGACUGGAGCCCCAGCCCAAACCUAAUUCACAAAUAUGUUUCUCCUAAAGGGUGCUCAAGGAGAUCGUGGACCUUCUGGCAUAUCUGGGCCUAAAGGUUCCGGAGGGGAUCCCGGGCGCACUGGCGAGCCUGGCCUCCCAGGCGCACGGGUAAUGUGAAGAUAUCAUAAAUAGCUUUCCAAGAUUUUUGUCUUUGUUUCUGAAGCUCAUACUUUUGUAUGUUGUUUCGUAGGGUCUGACUGGCACUCCAGGAGUCCAGGGAGCAGAGGGCAAACCAGGACCACUGGUAAGUUUGACCAAAGAGUGUUUACACACAUCCAACUUAGGUCAGAGCUGAACAAAAAAGAACAACUGUUGAGAAAAAGGUAAUGCACUCAGUGAUUGCCACAGCUACAACAAGUGUUCUUAAAUCAAUGCUUUCGGUGAUGCACAAACAAGGUUUAGACCAACAGGCUAUUUGUCAGGUGAUCAGGUGAUCGGAGAAUACCUAUUUUCGAGGUUUGACCAUUGGUAUCAGUAUUAAUGACACUGAAUGAACAGUCAGAGGUAAGAGUUGUUUUCGUGCCCUCUGUCUGAAGGGUCCAGCAGGAGAAGAUGGCCGCCCAGGACCAGCAGGGUCGAUCGGAACAAGAGGUCCUGCAGGAACCAUGGGCACACCUGGACCAAAGGGCUUUAACGUAAGGAACUUUAGAUGUUCUAACCUUUUCAAGAUGUCUUGCUAUCAAACUUUUCCUUUCUCCUCAUGACUACUUGAAUGACUUCUUGUCUUUUCAACUCAUAGGGAGACCCAGGGAAGACAGGCGAACAAGGAUCUCUGGGAGUGGCAGGACAAAGAGUGAGUACGGAUGUCAAUGAGCCCUAAAUGACCUCUGCCCUCAUACGUGUUUAUGGGGAAAAUUGUGUUUAUGAGGACGUUCACUAAUGAUGACUUCCUUUCUAGGGUCCUCCUGGGAAAGAUGGGGAAGUUGGCCCUGCCGGUCCCACUGGCCCUCCGGUAAGUCAACUGUUUGUCUCUGAUUGUCUUUAUGACUCAUAUCUUGUACUGACAUUUUGAUACAGCAUUUUCCUAUCAGUCAAUAUUAUGUAAUGCCACUGCACAUCUGAUUUGUAAAGUAUACUCUCUCACAACAUACUCUUCAUGUUCAACAAAUGUUGAUUCUCUCUUUGUCUGAAGGGUGUUGCAGGUGAAAGAGGAGAACAGGGACCACCUGGAGUGAAUGGUUUCCAGGUAGGUUAUUGUGGAUUUUGUCAUGGAUGCAUGGAUGAUGUUCACUAGCAACAGUUGAUCACUGAAAGUGGAAACAAAGAUUGUAACUCAUAAGGGAUGGUUAAAUCAACUUGGCACUGUUGUCGUCAUCUGAAGUGUAUAUGCUUUUGUAUAUUAGGGAUUACCUGGACCCCCAGGCCCUCCUGGAGAGUCAGGAAAACCAGGUGAUCUGGUGAGUUUCAUGAACACUUGCACUAUUUGAAUUAGCUGAAGUAUAUAUCUAAUGAGAUACAUCAUGUAGAUCCUCUAUUUUAUGGGAUGCAAUACUCAUUGUUUGAUAUCAUGACGAUGGAGUAUUAAUUUAUUUAUCUUGUUUAGGGUAUCCCUGGAGAGGGAGGUGCUGUUGGCCAGAUUGGACCAAGGGUACGUUGAUCAUCUUACUAAUAUCAAUAUACACUGCUCAAAAAAAUAAAGGGAACACUUAAACAACACAUCCUAGAUCUGAAUGAAUUAAAUAAUCUUAUUAAAUACUUUUUUCUUUACAUAGUUGAAUGUGCUGACAACAAAAUCACACAAAAAUUAUCAAUGGAAAUCAAAUUUAUCAACCCAUGGAGGUCUGGAUUUGGAGUCACACUCAAAAUUAAAGUGGAAAACCACACUACAGGCUGAUCCAACUUUGAUGUAAUGUCCUUAAAACAAGUCAAAAUGAGGCUCAGUAGUGUGUGUGGCCUCCACGUGCCUGUAUGACCUCCCUACAACGCCUGGGCAUGCUCCUGAUGAGGUGGCGGAUGGUCUCCUGAGGGAUCUCCUCCCAGACCUGGACUAAAGCAUCCGCCAACUCCUGGACAGUCUGUGGUGCAACGUGGCGUUGGUGGAUGGAGCGAGACAUGAUGUCCCAGAUGUGCUCAAUUGGAUUCAGGUCUGGGGAACGGGCGGUCCAUAGCAUCAAUGCCUUCCUCUUGCAGGAACUGCUGACACACUCCAGCCACAUGAGGUCUAGCAUUGUCUUGCAUUAGGAGGAACCCAGGGCCAACCGCACCAGCAUAUGGUCUCACAAGGGGUCUGAGGAUCUCAUCUCGGUACCUAAUGGCAGUCAGGCUACCUCUGGCGAGCACAUGGAAAGAAGUCCUCUGGCGAGCACCCCCAAAGAAAUGCCACCCCACACCAUGACUGACCCACCGCCAAACCGGUCAUGCUGGAGGAUGUUGCAGGCAGCAGAACGUUCUCCACGGCGUCUCCAGACUCUGUCACGUCUGUCACAUGUGCUCAGUGUGAACCUGCUUUCAUCUGUGAAGAGCACAGGGCGCCAGUGGCGAAUUUGCCAAUCUUGGUGUUCUCUGGCAAAUGCAAACGUCCUGCACGGUGUUGGGCUGUAAGCACAACCCCCACCUGUGGACGUCGGGCCCUCAUACCACCCUCAUGGAGUCUGUUUCUGACCGUUUGAGCAGACACAUGCACAUUUGUGGCCUGCUGGAGGUCAUUUUGCAGGGCUCUGGCAGUGCUCCUCCUGCUCCUCCUUGCACAAAGGCGGAGGUAGCGGUCCUGCUGCUGGGUUGUUGCCCUCCUACGGCCUCCUCCACGUCUCCUGAUGUACUGGCCUGUCUCCUGGUAGCGCCUCCAUGCUCUGGACACUACGCUGACAGACACAGCAAACCUUCUUGCCACAGCUCGCAUUGAUGUGCCAUCCUGGACGAGCUGCACUACCUGAGCCAUUUGUGUGGGUUGUAGACUCCGUCUCAUGCUACCACUAGAGUGAAAGCACCGCCAGCAUUCAAAAGUGACCAAAACAUCAGCCAGGAACCAUAGGAACUGAGAAGUGGUCUGUGGUCACCACCUGCAGAACCACUUCUUUAUUGGGGGUGUCUUGCUAAUUGCCUAUAAUUUCCACCUGUUGUCUAUUCCAUUUGCACAACAGCAUGUGAAAUGUAUUGUCAAUCAGUGUUGCUUCAUAAGUGGACAGUUUGAUAUCACAGAAGUGUGAUUGACUUGGAGUUACAUUGUGUUGUUUAAGUGUUCCCUUAAUUUUUUUGAGCAGUGUAUAUUGGAAGAUAUUGCACAUAUAUACAGUGUAGUAUUGCAGCAGACACAACAUGACUGACAGACGUUUUGUGUCUAACAGGGAGAGCGUGGAAUCCCAGGGGAGAGAGGAGAACUCGGACCUCACGGUUUGGCUGGAGCCAAGGGAAUCCCUGGAGCACCAGGACCCGAUGGACCAAAGGUAUUUGUUGUCCAUGUAUAGAGAUAUAUAGUAAUAUGGAGCCACUAUGGAAUGUUAUGUGUGUUGUAUUUUUGAGUCUGAAAAUACGAAUAUGAACCCAUUGCUUUUUUUCUCCAAAGGGUAGUCCUGGUCCUACUGGUAGUCUUGGUGACCUAGGCCCUCCUGGUCUUCAGGGGAUGCCUGGCGAGAGAGGAAUCUCUGGUUCUCCUGGGCCUAAAGGUGACAGAGUAAGUAUUCACACUGCAUCAUUAGCUUGCUUCUCAUCCUUUCAUAUAUUCCAGGGAGAUGAUGUAUAUCUAUCUCAAUGUCUUUGUUUCUGUCUGCUGUAUUUGUAUGAUUGUUUUCUACUGUUGCUUUUGUGUAGACCCCAGGAAGUAGCUGUUGUUAAAAUAACAAGUAGCUAAUGGGGAUUGAAGUAAACAAUUGCAUAUAUAUGAUAACACAAUAAAUAAUAUUAACCGUCAGAUUUUCACGUAACAUUCUUCAUUAUUUAGGGGUCUGGUGGAGAGAAGGGAUCAGAAGGUACACCUGGAAAUGAUGGCGCAAGAGUGAGUCAAAUUUACACGUGACUUCUUUCACUUCGAUGUAACACUAACACACAUUUUGUCAUUUCUUAUUUUGGCCUUAGACUAAUAGUUUUGUGUUUUGAUCAUGUGAAGACAGAAAGCAGAUUUUUCUUAUUUGAAAAGUGCUUGCCCCAGCUGCUCACCAUGCAGUGAUUGUGUCAGAACAGGAAAAGUUAUCUGUACUGUAGGGUUGUAAAAAAAAAAGAAGACACCUCUUUAUAAUGGAUGAGUUAUUCUACAGGGGAGUGUUACAGUAGGAGUCAGCUUGGAAACAUGUAGCUACAUGUUCUGUCAAACAAUUGAUGAAUGUAUUUCCCCUAAAAAUAUGUUUUCUCACCUCAGGGUCUUCCUGGUCCUCUCGGCCCACCCGGACCCAAUGGACCUAGCGGUGAAAAAGUAAAGACAUAGUUUGCCAAAAGCUAGAAUUAUUAGUUAGUUCAUCUUUUGUUGUGACGGUAGAACUAAAACUUGUUGCAAUUGCAGGGAGAAGCUGGUCCUAAAGGCCCUCCCGGGCCUCAUGGAUCAAGAGCUAUGCCUGUGAGUGGACAACUGGACAUUGAGUAUUAAAGCAUACAAUGACAUAUUUACCUUGAAAUGAUCAUAUCAGGUAUUAUGGCAUUAUAAUGCUUUAUUUAUAUUCUGUUCCACCAGGGACCCCGUGGUGAACCUGGUCCUAUUGGUCCUGUUGGGUUUGGUGGACCCCCCGUAAGUCAUUAUUUUCUGUAACCCAUGCCUAUGAGAUAACAUUAAACAGAUUUUCUUAGAGUCAUAGCGAUCAUAACAAUUCAUGUCAUACAGAUAGGAUCUUAAUUUCAGCACCCUGUUGCAGGAGAAAUUUCCUGCAAUAAAUUUAAAACUUAAAUUUCAUACUUCAUUUUCCCUUAUGAAAAAUGUAUCAACCCCUACAAAAAUGUCCAUGAAUUAUAAUACACAUAAUUAUUCACAUUUCCUGUUGCUGCAGGAUUAUUUUUCUGCUGUAGAAAACUGGCUCAAAUUAAGAUCCUACAUCUGUACUGCAUAUCAUAUUCUGUAUCAUGUUAUAAUCAUUAUAAUAAUAAUUUAUACAAUUUCUAGAAUGCUUUUCAUAAUCUCAAAGCUCUUCAAAAGCAAAAAAACAAACAAGCAAUACAUCAUCAUGAGUAGCUCAUAUAGUUAGCUAUAUAUAGUUAGCUACUGUAGCUCAACCAUAUAUAUAUAUAUAUAUAUAUAUAUAUAUAUAUACCAUAUUCUUAGACCCCCUUUUGUGCUUUCUAGUAAGAAAAGUAGUUUGGGCUGUUUCCAGCGCUCAUGCUUGUUGUGUUAUUGUCCUUAUACAGGGUCCCGAUGGUCAACCAGGGGUCAAGGGGGAGCCUGGAGAGCCUGGUCAGAAGGGUGAUGCUGGUUCUCCAGGGCCUCAGGGCUUGGCUGGAUCGCAUGGACCUCCUGUGAGUUAACAAGCUACAUUAUCUUGUGCUACAUUAUCUCACACAGACAACAGACUAAACAGGAGGAACAAUCUCAUUCAACAAUCUUCAUCUCUCCGCAGGGUAUUGUCGGUGUGGCUGGACUGAAGGGUGGAAGAGGAACCCAGGGUGCACCUGUAAGUUAAUGUUAUGAAUUAUGACCACAGCCUCUUGGGACUGUGACAGGAUUGUGCCCAGGUAUUGACACAUGCGGUACAGAGAGUAUAUAACUAUGUAAUGAAUAGUAACCAUGUGGAUCUUCUCAUCUUUUCACUCGUAGGGCCCCACUGGUUUCCCUGGAUCUGCAGGCAGGGUUGGACCACCAGGCUCAACUGUAAGUAAUCAUCAAACCACUAUUGGUUCUAUUGGUUAAUAUAUCCAUUUGGAAGUAGCCACCAGCUAUCAUUUCAAUAUGCCACUGGCUAUUGAAUACAAAAAUGAUAACCACUGACCACCCAUUACUUACACACUUCACAUUAUUCUCAGAGAUAAAGAACAACAGUAACAAAACAACAUUAUUUUUCUAACAGGGUCCCGUUGGAGAGGCCGGACCCCUUGGUCCCCCUGGGAAGGAGGGUCCUCCUGGCCUUCGUGGAGAGAACGGAUCCCCUGGGAGACAAGGAGAAAGCGGCCCCCCAGGACCAGCCGGAGGCUCAGGAGACAAAGGAGACUCUGGGGAAGACGGACCCACGGUAAACUAUUACGUUUUGCUGAUUAACAAUGUUGCUCAAUCCGUUCCUGGGAGAGUCCCAAGGGCUGCACAUCACCAAGCCCUUGAUAAGUUGAAUCGGGUGUGUUCAUGCCGGGUUAGAACAAAAAAGUACACCUCAGGAAUUUAUUGUACAGAAACACAUUGCUGUAUAAUAGUUUAUCCAUUAAGUCAGGAUAUGAAUUGAAAUAAGAAAAAAUAAACUCAACAAAAAUAUCAGGAAUCAUCCAAUUCAUGAACUGAACUGAAUUUGGAGUUUGAGUCUUGUUGAAUUGGAUUGACCACAACCCUGUUACAGGGCAAUAUCUAGACAAUAUCAACUGGAUUUGUUUCCACAGGGUCCUGAUGGACCUCCAGGUCCCGCCGGAACAACAGGACAGAGAGGCAUUGUGGGUCUUCCUGGUCAGAGGGGAGAGCGUGGAAUGCUGGGACUUCCAGGACCAGCGGUAUGUUCUGAUUUCAACACAUUGGUUAGAAUCCCACUAAUGUGGCCGCAAUCAGAGCUGCUUCCACAUUGCAUGUCAUGGUUCCAUUGUCCAUGUGGUGUUUGUAGGGUCCUCCAGGAAAACAGGGGACUGCAGGACCUGGGGGAGACAAAGGCCCCCCUGGCCCGGUCGGUUCUCCUGGUGCCAACGGACCUCGUGGUGAUCCUGGUCCCGAUGUAAGUUUCCCCUUACGUUUUUUCCGCCAAAACCUUUCACUUCACUAUUUGUCCUCUUGCUGCUAGCAGUAAGAUAGUUUAUACCAUGGCGUUGAAUACUAUUUUCUGAUUGGCUUGAAGGGCAUUCUAGAGCGUGCAUUAUUUCCCUAUAUUAUGCAAGGUAUAUCAGCACGGUAGACUUCAAUGGCUAUAGUUUAUUCUUACAUUUUCUAUUUGAGCUACUUUUGAAAGCAAAAGUCGAAUUAAAACAUUAUUGGCAUUGUUGAAUUCGAUUUUCACAAUAGCAUGCUAGGACUGAUGGUUUGGUUAGCUAAACUAGCAAGUCUGUUUGUUUGGCUACCAAGGCAACUACUGUAUAGAUAUAUAGUAAACUUGCUAGCUGCUUAGUGGAUGUUCAUAUUUCUACAUGCAAAUAAACACAUUUCUAGCGGCAAAUGUGUUAAAUUAUAGCCAUGGUAUGAAAGGGAUAAUCAAAAUAAUGCAACUCCAUGGAAGGUUGUUCCAGUCCACUAGCGCGUGAUGGAACACACCUUCCACGUUGAUCAUUAUUUUCCAUAGAACGCAUAGCCCCUCCUUGAUUAUCCCUUACAUAUUCCGUAGAGGUUACAGUAGUUAUUCACAAUACGUUGUUUUCCUUCAGGGUCCUGCUGGAUCUGAUGGGCCGCCAGGCAAAGAUGGAGUCAUUGGUCAAAGGGUAGGAGCUGAACACUUUCCAUUGGCAACUCUGUGUCCAAAAUGUCUCGUAUUGUUUAUUGUGCUUGACCAACUGUGUUGAAACAGCAAGACACAUUUCUUACAACCUUUUGUUGCAUGUCAAUUUAAUGGUUCUGAUUCCGAUGAUUUCAACAGGGAGAUCGAGGGGACCAUGGUCCAGAGGGUCUGGUUGGGACCCCAGGACAACCAGGAACUCCAGGUCCAGUCGGUGCCACCGGGGAUUCUGGAAAGAGAGGAGACGCUGUACGUAAUAUGCCCUUUUCAUUUAUGUAAGGAAUUUCCUUGUCAAUACAUGAGAAUCCCAAGAUUACAUAAGAAGGAAAAAGAAAAGGGUCCUGACAAUGUGUACAUGUUCCUUAUAUUGGCCCAGCUGGCGCACAAUUGGCCCAGCGUCGUCCUGGUUUGGCCGGUGUAGGCCGUCAUUGUAAAUAAGAAUUUGUUCUUAACUGACUUGCCAAGUAAAAUAAAGGUACAAAUAAAUAAAUAUAAUAAUAAUAAUAAUAAUAAUAAUAAUAAUAAUAAUAAUAAUACAGGCAUACUUUAUCUAAUGAACUCAUGUUGGUAUCCUAUUCAUACACAGGGUUCCAGAGGACCAAACGGUCCACCCGGUUCAGCAGGAAAGAGAGGGUUAAUGGUAAGACCAUCGUAAACAUAUACAUGAUAAAAGGUUAUAAUUUCACUUUAAUGACUAAACCACCAAUAAAUGUUUUUUCAUGUUCAAACGUAUUCAAUAUCCUAAUAAAAAUGAGCAGUCACAUAAAUAAUAACAUGCAUGCUGUGGUUUUGACUACUAGAGCAUUAGGCUUGACUCAUGUGAGAACUGCCCAUUGCAUAUUUGUAUGGCGACACGUAACCACAAACAGAAAUGAGCUUUCUCGUUUUUCUUUGGACGUCCCAUAAAAUGUGAUUGCAUGGUGUCCUUCUAAACAACAGGGACCACAAGGACCAAUGGGUGAUAAGGGUGACCUCGGAGACCAUGGAGAGAGGGGACAGAAAGGACACAGAGGUUUCACCGGUUUGCAGGGUCUACCUGGUCCACCUGUAUGUCAAAUCAAUACUUAUCUUUUAUUGAGUAGAACUUAUAUACACUGAGUGUACAAACAUUAAGGACACCUUCCUAAUAUCGAGUUGCACCAUAGCUUUCACCUGGAUUCACCUGGUCAGUCUAUGUCAUGGAAAGAGCAGGUGUCCUUAAUGUUUUGAACACACAGUGUAAGAGUAUCCUUUUAAGUUGAUAUCAAUCUUAAUAUUAAUUAUUUACUCCUUUAUUUUUAGGGUACAACAGGAGAGCAGGGAGCAUCAGGAAUCGUCGGACCAAGCGGCCAAAGAGCACGUAUCAUAUCAGACUGUUCAAUGAUGUUCCAUGUUCCCAACCAUAUUGUAUUUAAUGUUUCAUUAUACUGGAUCUUUAUCAUGGUAUGUUAUGAUAGGGACCCCCUGGACCAGUUGGACCCCCAGGAAAAGAAGGGUACAUCGGACAGCCUGGACCAAUGGGACCUCCUGGAACCCGUGGAAUUAGUGGCGAUAUCGGACCUGAGGCAUGUUAAUUUCCAUUUAAGAAUCGUUUCACCUACAGUUGAAGUCGGAAGUUUACAUACACCUUAGCCAAAUACAUUUAAACUCAGUUUUUUCACAAUUCCUGACAUUUAAUCCUAGUAAAAAUUCCCUGUCUUAGGUCAGUUAGGAUCACCACUUUAUUUUAAGAAUGUGAAAUGUCAGAAUAAUAGUAGAGCGAAUGAUUUAUUUCAGCUUUUAUUUCUUUCAUCACAUUCCCAGUGGGUCAGAAGGUUACAUACACUCAAUUAGUAUUUGGUAGCAUUGCCUUUAAAUUGUUUAACUUGGGUCAAACGUUUCGGGUAGCCUUCCACAAGCUUCCCACAAUAAGUUUGGUGAAUUUUGGCCCAUUCCUCCUGACAGAGCUGGUGUAACUGAGUCAGGUUUGUAGGAAUUCUUGCUCCCACACGCUUUUUCAGUUCUGCCCACAAAUGUUCUAUAGGAUUGAGGUCAGGGCUUUGUGAUGGCCACUCCAAUACCUUGACUUUGUUGUCCUUAAGCCAUUUUGCCACAACUUUGGAAGUAUGCUUGGGGUCAUUGUCCAUUUGGAAGACCCAUUUGCGACCAAGCUUUAACUUCCUGACUGAUGUCUUGAGAUGUUGCUUCAAUAUAUCCACAUAAUUUUCCUUCCUCAUGAUGCCAUCUAUUUUGUGAAGUGCACCAGUCCCUCCUGCAGCAAAGCACCCUCACAGCAUGAUGCUGCAACCACCGUGCUUCACGGUUGGGAUGGUGUUCUUCGGCUUGCAAGAUCCCCCUUUUUCCUCCAAACGUAACAAUGGUCAUUAUGGCCCAACAGUUCUAUUUUUGUUUCAUCAGACCAGAGGACGUUUCUCCAAAAAGUACGAUCUUUGUCCCCAAGUGCAGUUGCAAACCGUAGUCUGGCUUUUUUAUGGAGGUUUUGGAGUAGUGGCUUCUUCCUUGCUGAGCGGCCUUUCAGGUUAUGUCAAUAUAGGACUCGUUUUACUGUGGAUAUAGAUACUUUUGUACCGGUUUCCUCCAGCAUUUUCACAAGGUCCUUUGCUGUUGUUCUGGGAUUGAUUUGCACUUUUUGCACCAAAGUACGUUCAUCUCUAGGAGACAGAAUGCGUCUCCUUCCUGAGCGGUAUGACUGCUGCAUGGUCCCAUGGUUUUUAUACUUGCGUACUAUUGUUUGUACAGAUGAACGUGGUACCUUAAUAAUCUGUCUGUAAACAAUUGUUGGAAACAUUACUUGUGUAAUGCACAAAGUAGAUGUCCUAACCGACAUGGCAAAACUAUAGUUUGUUAACAAGAAAUUUGUGGAGUGGUUGAAAAAACGAGUUUUAAUGACUCCAACCUAAGUGUAUGUAAACUUCCGACUUCAACUGUACAUGGACAACUGAUAUGGACAUUUCCUGGGAAGUCAGCGCAAACGUCAUUAACAUUUGGCACAUAAUGUCAAAACACUUAAUUUGUUCACACCUUGUAAUUACUCUCUAUUUACCAUAACUCUUUGGUUUCCAGGGACCUCCUGGAGAGCCUGGUCCCAAUGGUCCUCCCGGGCCUCCCGGACCCCCCACGGCUGCCAUGGAUGACCUAUUUGGCGGCAUGCACGACUAUGAUGCUGGCCCCCCCCCUCCAGAGUUCAACGAGGAUGAGGCUCUGCCCAACAGUAAUGCCACUCAGCAGCUGGACCCAGGUGUUCAGGCCACUCUGAAGGCCCUCAGCAGCCAGAUCGACAGCAUGAAAAGCCCAGACGGCAGCAGGAAGCACCCGGCCAGGACCUGUGAGGACUUGAAGCAGUGCUACCCACUGAAGAAAAGCGGUAAGUUGUUGUUUCCAUGAGGCGGGAAGUACAUAAUUGAGGUGUUUUUGUUGUAGUUAUUCAGUAUUCAGACCAUGUCUUAUCAUGCAGCCAUUGCUUCAUGUGAUGUGGGGUGGUGUGUGUUUGAAACAGUUUUGAAUAUUUUGGGAAAACUUCUACCCCUGAGGAUGCGUAAAUCACAUAAGAAACAUCUCUUUAGUAAAACAAGCCAAUAGACCAGGGCAGAUGGGACAAUUGUGGGACAAUAUUCUCUUUCUCUAUUCCAGGUGAAUACUGGGUUGAUCCAAACCAAGGAAGCUCAGAGGAUGCUAUCAAAGUACAUUGUAAUAUGGAGACUGGAGAGACCUGCAUCUCGGCCAACCCCGCCAGCAUACCUAAGAAAGUAUGGUGGAGUACCUCAAGGAAUAAGCCUGUGUGGUUUGGAGCUGAUAUCAAUAGAGGAACAAAAGUACGACAAUUUUUCACAUUUUAACAUAACAUUUUAGUCAUUUAGCAGACGCUCUUAUCCAGAGCGACUUACAGGAGCAAUUAGGGUUAAGUGCCUUGCUCAAGGGCACAGACAGAUUUUCACCUAGUCGGCUCGGGGAUUAGAACCAGCGACCCUUCAGUUACUGGCACAACGCUCUUAACCACUAAGCUACCUAAUACUUUUUGGUGGUUCAAUUUCGGAAGUCUGUGGGAAUUCUGCUUCCAUGCAUUCCACCAUAAUUAUGGGAUAAAAGUAUUUGAUAUGGUAGUGGGGUAUUGCUGAGGAAAAAUACUUUCUUUGUAAAGCAAGUCUGAAGACUAAAUCUAGCAAUAUACACACAUUUGACAAUCACAGAUAAUAUGUGCUAUGUAAAUGUGACACGUAUAUAAAUAACUACGACAUUACCGAUAACUGCUGAUAACAUUAUAUUGAAAUGUAUCUGAAAAGUGAGCUCAUCAUUUGCCACCAAUUUUUCAACUGUUGUUUGUUUUCUCUUUUUGUGUUUUUGCAGUUCACCUAUGGUAACAAAGAUCAGCCUGCCAACUCGGUCACCAUCCAGAUGACAUUCAUCCGUCUGCUCUCCAAAGAGGCUUCACAGACCAUCACCUACCACUGCAAGAACACAGUGGGCUACAAGGAUGAGGCGACUGGGAACCUAAAGAAAGCAGUCAUCCUCAAGGGGUCGAAUGACCUGGAGCUCAAGGCAGAGGGAAACAACCGCUUCAGAUACACCGUGGUGGAGGACAGUUGUGGAGUGAGUAUUUUCAAUAGACGUUUUGUGGCCGUUUAAGUUUGGUUCCUGAAACAUUUCAAUCUUCCCUUAAAAAAAAAAAAAAAAGACAUUUGCAGUUUCACAUGUGAAAUAGCUGUUUUCACAUGUUGAGCUUAAUUUUCGCACGUGAAACCAUAUGUUUACAUAUAUUAAAAUUGGAGUUCACAUGUUAACACGACCUUUUCACAUGUGAAGAGAAUAACAUGCUUUCACCUCACAUGUGAAUUUCAGUUUCGCGUGAAACUGUUGCAGUAGCAAUGUUUCCACUGGUGGAAUUAGAGUGACCACAUCUAUAAAGCCAAAAUGCGGGCCAAGGGAAUGAUUUUGCAAAGUAAAUGUAAACAACCACUGUUUAGCCUAAAAACAUGGUUAAAACUAUAAUUUUGAUAUGAUGGAUGGUCAGUCCUUGCAUCCAUAGCAUUGUCACGAACGUCGGGAAGAGAGGAGGACCAAGGCGCAGCGUUGCAGACGAACAUACUCUUUAUUUAUGAUACACGAUCAAAAACAACAAAACGAUAACGUGACAGUCAAUGGUCAAACACAAACCAACACGAACAAGAUCCCACAACCACUGUGGGCAAACAGCCUGUUUAAAUGUGGUUCCCAAUCAGAGACAACCAGCCACAGCUGACACUCGUUGCCUCUGAUUGAGAACCACACUGGCCAACAUAGAAAUGAAAUACAUAGAUCUACACACCCUGGCUCAACAUAACAGUGUCCCCAGAGCCAGGGCGUGAUAGUACCCCCCCCUAAAGGCACGGACUCCGACCGCGCCAACUAAAUACCACAGGGGAGGGACCGGGUGGGCACUCCGCCUUGGCGGCGGAUCCGGCUCCGGGCCUGAUCCCCACUCCCUCUCCAACCCCCCAAAGUACCCCUGGUCCGGUCUGGCCCCGCUGGCCGGAGCUGGACAGCACACUGAUGGAGCGGAUUGCUCUAGCUCCGGCGUAACGCAUCUGACCGGUGCCGGAACAGGCACCAGUGGAACAGGCACGGGCCGUGCCGGACUGACGACGCCCACCACUGGCUUGGUGUGGAGAACAGGCACGGGCCGUGCUGGACUGACGACGCACACCACUGGCUUGGUGUGAGGAGCAGGAGCGGGCCGAACCGGGCUGACGAUGCGCACCCCUGGCUUGGUGCGUGGAGCAGGAACUGGCUGGACCGGGCUGACGACUCGCACCCCUGGCUUGGUGCGAGUGGCAGGAACAGGCCGAACCGGGCUGGCGACGCGCACCAUCGGCUUGGUGCGGGGAGCAGGAACAGGCCGGACCGGGCUGACGAUACGCACCCCUGGCUUGGUGCGUGGAGCAGGAACAGGCUGGACCGGGCUGGAGACUCGCACCAUUGGCCUGGUGCGGGGAGCAGGAACAGGCCGGACCGUACUGGGGACACACACCACUGGCCCUACGCAGGGAUCUGGAAUGGGCCGGACCGGACUGGUAACACACCCCAGUACCUCUCGCCGUGCCUCUACACCUUCCAUCCCCUCUUCGACCAGUGGCCCCCGUAACCUGGCGGCCUCCUCUGCCAACCCGCUGGGCCGCUCUGUCGCGGUCUCCUGCUGGCCCGUCGUCCACAGCGUUAGCCCCCCCCCUAAAAAUGUUCUGGGCGUCUCUCCUACCCGUGGACCAGGUCUCCAUGUCCCUCGCCAGACUUUCGCCCUUCUGCUUCCAAGUCCGGCCCUUUUCUUCCUCACCCGGCUUGACCCAGUCGAGGAGGCGAAGGAGAUCUGCUAGAGAUCUCCCUGGCGAUGGCUCCUGGACACGCUGCUUGGUCCAGUCUUGGUGGGAUCUUCUGUCACGAACGUCGGGAAGAGAGGAGGACCAAGGCGCAGCGUUGCAGACGAACAUACUCUUUAUUUAUGAUACACGAUCAAAAACAACAAAACGAUAACGUGACAGUCAAUGGUCAAACACAAACCAACACGAACAAGAUCCCACAACCACUGUGGGCAAACAGCCUGUUUAAAUGUGGUUCCCAAUCAGAGACAACCAGCCACAGCUGACACUCGUUGCCUCUGAUUGAGAACCACACUGGCCAACAUAGAAAUGAAAUACAUAGAUCUACACACCCUGGCUCAACAUAACAGUGUCCCCAGAGCCAGGGCGUGACAAGCAUAGUCUAUGGAUUUCAGAGUGGUUGCAUUUCUCCAGCUCCAUCCCUUUUACUGAAACUGGCGGGGAGUAAUAGUGUAAUAGAGUUUGUGUUAUUAUAUGGUGCAAUCCUGAGUGAGUCACUUUUGUGCCAUUAAUAUCAAGCAAAACGUCUGAAGUCGAGAUUUUAUUUUUUUGUAUUUCAAACAAAAAUAAUGAUAUUGAAAGCAAAACAUAUACCCAAAAGUAUUGAUAGCGAAACAAAAUAUUGCAAAUAAAUAAUUUCGAACUGAGAUUUUUUUGUGUGUUAUGGAUGCAAUAAAAAAUAAAAUGAUAACACGAUUAAAUAAAAUGCCUCCCUCUGUCCUGCAAUUGUCCCCAUCUUUGGUUAUGUUACCGUGGCCUUUGCUUUCGCUGCCUUUUUUUCAGUUGCAAGUUUUGGCACAUUCAUUCCAGCAACAUAUCACCCUGCAUCCCACUGCUGGUUUGUCCCUGAAGCUAAGCAGGGUCAGUUCUGGUCGGUCCCUGGAUGGGCGACCAGAUGUACCUGGAAGUGGUGAAAAAGAAAAGUGUGGAGAAAAAAAAUAUGCGGGGGGUUUCCACAUGAGGGAAAAUACAUGUAAAAAAACAUGCAUGUGAAACUUCAAACGUCCGAAAACCACGUGAUUUGUUCAUGUUUUUUUGGUAAGGGUGGGUUCUCACUGGAAACAGUGGCUUCCUGAGAUCUUAAUUUAACCUUUGUCAUUUCUUUCUCUUUAAAGCAAUCCAAUGGUAACUGGGGAAAGACAGUGUUUGAGUACAGGACACAGAAAACAGCCAGACUUCCCAUCAUGGAUAUGGCCCCUGUGGACAUUGGUGGUUCCAAUCAGGAGUUUGGUAUCAAUAUUGGGCCGGUUUGCUUCCUAUAA